AUGGCACGUGUGCUGUUCGAAGCACUGGAUGCUCCCUCUGUACUGUUUGCACCAUCCCAUCUGAUGGCAACAUUUCCGUUUGGUGUAUCAAAUGCUCUGGUCAUCGAUGUUGGAUAUUCCGAAGCAACCGUUGUUCCGAUUUUGGAAGGUGUAACAAUGUUGUAUGAAAUGGAAACUUCACCUGUCGGUGCGAAAUGCUUGGAAGAACGUGUACACGAGUUGUUAAGGAAGUAA